AUGGAUGAGAAUUGCAGCGUUCUUCAGGGGGCACCGGGCGCCACCAUCUGGGUCGCUACAAGCAUCUCAUUCGCACACCAAGCGAUAGUUCGUGGCCCCCUCACAGUGACGAUGGCGCCGGGCGUCAAGACGCUGAGCUCUUCGGCCAUCCAGAGCCACCAAGACUUGCACGUGCAUUCGCCGACGGGGAGCAGCGUCAUCUUUCGGGACAUCGUUUGCUCAAGCCCGGGUGCUGCGUUGGAUUCGGAGCGCAGUAUAUUUCUGGAGGGCAAUGGCCGUAUUCUGUUCGAGAAUUUAUGCAGCUUCAAAGGAGGUGCGGCAGCAAGGGCAGACAACGAUGUCAUCAAAAGCACAGUUGCCACCCUUGUUGUUCGCAACACAUUUGGGGCGAACAGGGGAGGGGCCUUCUAUGCUGGCUUGGGCAUAUAUCUUGACAGCAAUGGCACGGUCAUGUUCGAGAAUUGCACCUCAAGCUGGCGAGGAGGUGCACUGUCUUCACGUGGGCACCUGAGAAUUGGUGGAAAUGCAGAGUACAUCUUCCGGAACUGCAGCAGCGCCGGGAAAGUGAUUGGGGGAGGUGCCUUGAGCGCUAUCGGUAGCGUAUUGGUCGAGCUGCAGUCAGGCUCAGUCAGCUUCAGGCAGUGCCGAGCGCCAGCCAUGGCGCGCGGAGGCUCCGGUGGGGCAAUCUCCAGUAAUGGUGACAUCAACAUCAGCAGUGGCAGGGUUGACUUUGAAGCCUGCUGGGCUGGAACAGGCAACGGCAACGCCAUGAUGGCUCCCAACGGGUUCGUCAGCUUGAGUUCGGAAAGCCACGUGUCACUGGUAGGCAUGGAAGGUUUCUCUGGCUCGGCAAUAUUUGCUCGCAGGGUAUUUCUUCCUGUUGGGGGCUCGGUGUUGCCUGCACAAGUGUAUUCGCUCCUCCCGCUGCUUGCUUCCAAGCUGAACAGCCAGGGCGACGAGAUCUGCCCUGCUGGGUCGCGCUUCAGCGUCAGCUCACGCGGCCUCCCGGACAGGAGCAAAUACGGCAAGUGCAGAAUCUGCGACGUCGGCACUGCGUCGCUGACGCCCGCGAGCGUGGAGAUCCAAAACGUGUUUUCGGGCCCUGAGCUUGGGAUGCGCGUCGUGCUGGUGAGACGGGGGUCCCCCAAUGCUAUCAAGAGUUUCCAGGACCUGGCCGCAGGUAAGGCCAGUCGCUUCAGCGGUUUGGGUUUGGAGCGUGGGGACUGGGACCCCAACAUGGAGGCACCUCUUGUGAAGCUGGGGAAGGAGAAUAUCCUCAAGUUCAAGUUCCAUGACGGGAAGUUUCGGACUCCCGAUGGCUGGCUCCUGGCAGUUCCUUUUGGCCUCUUUUACCCAGAUGCCCCUUUGGGGCUUGUGAAGGAAGGAGAGGUCCCUUGGAAGAGAGAGAUCAAUAAGGUAGUGCUCUUCCGCAUGGACAGGUUCAAGGAUGAGGACACCAUGGGACCCCUGCAUGCUCGUGGGCUGGUCCUCGGAUUUGGACGUGAUGUUACGGCUGUCUACCAACCGCCCAACCCCUACAAGGCCUGUGUGCCUUGCCACCUUCUGGCGCGAGAGGGGGCGGACAAAAUCCAGUGCCAUGGGGGCACGCACGUUAGCUCUCUACCAGGCUACAUGCUCUUCCAUCGUCAAGGGGGGCGCAGGCUUGAAGUACAUGUUUGUCCAAACGCGGCUGCGUGUCCUGGCAGCAACUUGAGCUUGACGGCCGAUGGGCAGAUCACAUCUGCCAGCCGGCUUUGCAGCAAAGGCUACGAUGACAGGAGCUCUGGAUGCGUUCGAUGCUCGCCUGGGCACGGCCGGCAGCAGCUGGACCCCUUCACCUGCCAGAAAUGCGGAACUUCUGCGCUGGGUGGGAUGGCCAAGGCUUUUAUCUCCAACGGCAUCUUCUAUGCUUGGGCGCUCCGCUCGGCAAGGCCCAGGACUGAGACUCGCCAGAUUUUCACCAUCUUCCUGGCAUUUCUAACCAUUUCUUUUCGGAGCCUCGCGGCCUAUCCACACACCCGGCACUUCCAGCGACUGAAAGGCGACGUUUACGCCGUCGGGCGGAUGCUACGCAAGGCCUUCGUGGCAGCAGACACAGUAACCACCGUUGAGCCUGGAUUUGGCAUCGACUCCUUCGACUGCUGGGUCGGUGCACCUGUGGGUGUGUACCGGGGCCUUUGCCUGUCCUGGUCCAUUCCGUUGGCAUUGCUACUGGUCUCUCUCGCCUGGCACAAGGGUCGACAUGGGCAGAGGUCGCUAGUCGUAUGGGGAAACGUCUUUGCCCCACGGCUUUUUGGAGCCUCUGCCAUGUUGGCCCCUUGUGUCUCAACACAAGAGAGCCGCGGGCGCAUCCUCAUGUAUGAAGCAGUCUUCGACACACCCUGUGCCUCCUCUGUGAUGGAUGCCGUGAGGAUACCUCGCUUGUGGCUGUCCUUGAUGACCAGCAUCUUGCUCCUUCUGUUGGUGCCGGUGCUGUGGCUAUCCUUGGUAACGAAGGGAUCGGCGUAUGAGUCGGAGACCGUGGGGUUCUUGGUGGGAGGGUACCGGUCCACUCAUCGCUGGUGGGAGGUCGUGGUCUUUGGGAGGAAGGCUGCCAUUUACGUGGUGGCAACAUGGUUUCCAAUGUCGUGGGCACCAGGGGCGCAUUUGAUCUACCUCCUUGGCAUCAUCCUCGCUGCGGAGCUUCUCCAAAGCACGAUCAGGCCUUACGAAAAUCCAAUCUUCAACCAGUUGGAAGCCCAGGCCUUGGGUGUGUCUGCCCUAUGCCUGGCGUUGGUGCUCUCGCUGCUGGUGGAGUGGCCUUUCAUGCCAUACGCCAUCUUCGUCACAAACAGCGCCCUGUUGUUUCUGACCACUGCUGCCGUGUACACUUAUUUUAUCCGCCUCUACGUACAAGCCGCGCUUGCUGCAAAGAACGGCAGAGAGCCUUGUGUAGCAGAGGCUUCGCCUCCCCCGCCGGCUUCCAGUGGUAUCGAGCUCUCAGCAAGAGGGGCAUUGUCCACAGGAAUGAGUGGUGAUGCUGGUGACAGUAAUUCGGGCGACCAGUGA